AUUCACUUAAAUUCUUAAAUGAUUUAAAUUAUAAUUAUUGAAUAUUUGUUAUAAUUUUGAAAUUAAUUGAUUUAAUUAUUAAUAAAUAGAACUUUUAUAUUUGCCUCAUAUGUUAGGCUGUCCAUCGAGUCGACAAGUUUUAAGAAACCGACGGCAAGUGAUGGACUGACAGGCCUUUCGGGUUAUGGCAGCGAAUCGGAUGACAGUGCGGACCAAAUGGACGAUAGAUCCGAUGAAAAGCGUUCAGAAACGGAUCAAAACACCAAUAAUGGACACAAAAGCGACUCAAACAGAGAAAAGGAUUGCAAUAAAAGUAAAGACAAAAGCGUUGAACGAAACGAGAGAAAGAGUACUGAAAGGCCGCGAAAGACGUCGGAGUCGUCCGAUAGAGACCGACACCGAAGUAGUGAUCAGCGAAGGGAUAGGAGUAGGAGUCGCGAGAGGGAAAGGGAU